CACCAGUUCCUCCUCUUCCCCACUCCCUCAACUCAGUACGUCAAUUCUUUGUUGCUCCCCGCCCCCGCUCGAGGACCAGACAGCAAAGCCAGCACAAUGCGUUUUGCAAUCGGUGCCACCACCCUCCUCGCUGCCGCCGUUGCGCGCGCAGACGACGCUUCGAGCUCGAGCUCUAGCUCCGAGUCGUCGUCCGUCUCUGUCGCCAAGCCCACCUUCACACCCACCACCCUCAAGGCCCCAUUGCUCGAGCAAUUCACCGACGAUUGGGAGUCCCGCUGGAAGAUUUCCUCCGCCAAGAAAGACGACAAGUCUACCGAGGAGGAAUGGGCAUACGUCGGAAAAUGGGCGGUCGAGGAGCCUUCGGUGCUGAAGGGCGUGGAGGGAGACAAGGGUCUCGUCAUCAAAGACAAGGCCGCUCACCACGCCAUCUCUGCCAAAUUCCCCAAGAAGCUGGACAACAAGGGCAAGACCCUCGUGGUUCAGUAUGAGGUCAAGCUUCAGGAUGGCCUAGAAUGCGGUGGUGCGUACAUGAAGCUCCUCCAGGACAACAAAGCCCUGCACGCCGAGGAGUUCUCCAACAGCUCCCCCUAUGUGAUUAUGUUCGGCCCCGACAAGUGCGGUGCCACCAACAAAGUUCACUUCAUCUUCCGCCACAAAAACCCCAAGACCGGCGAAUACGAGGAGAAGCACCUCAAGAACCCUCCCAUGGCCCGCAUCGUGAAGACCACCACCCUGUAUACCCUCAUUGUCAAGCCUGACAACAGCUUCGAGCUCAAGAUCGACGGCGAGUCCACCCGUAACGGAACGCUUCUCGAGGACUUCACUCCUUCUGUCAACCCCGAGAAGGAGAUCGAUGACCCCAAGGACUCCAAGCCAGAGGACUGGGUUGAUGAGUCCAAGAUUGCCGACCCGGAGGCGAAGAAGCCUGAAGACUGGGAUGAGGAAGCUCCUUUCGAGAUUGUUGACGCCGAAGCUGAGAAGCCCGAAGACUGGCUUGAGGAUGAGCCCAAGACUAUUCCCGACCCCGAGGCUGAGAAGCCUGAGGACUGGGAUGAUGAGGAAGACGGUGACUGGGUAGCCCCAUCUGUUCCCAACCCCAAGUGUGACGAAGUCUCUGGCUGCGGCAAGUGGGAACCCCCGAUGAAGAAGAACCCUGAAUACAAGGGCAAGUGGUCCGCGCCCAUGAUUGACAACCCCGCCUACAAGGGUGUCUGGGCUCCCCGCAAGAUCAAGAACCCCGACUACUUUGAGGACAAGACCCCGUCCAACUUUGAGCCCAUUGGUGCUCUUGGAUUUGAAAUCUGGACCAUGCAAAACAACAUUCUCUUCAACAAUAUCUACAUUGGUCACUCCAUUGAGGAUGCUGAAGCGCUCAGGCAGGAGACUUUCGUACCCAAGCUCGCUGCUGAGAAGGCAGAGGAGGAAGCCACCAUGCCCAAGCCUGAAGACCCCGUCAAGUCCACUUCUGACCUCAAGUUCCAGGAGGACCCUGUUCUCUUUGUCAAGGAGAAGCUCAACCUCUUCGUUGAGGUCGCUAAGCGUGAUGGACCUGUUGAGGCUGUCAAAUUCGUGCCCGAGGUUGCUGGUGCUGCUGGUGCUCUGCUCGCUGUUCUCGUCAGUCUUCUCUUCGUUGUUGGUGGCAGCUCUGCCGCUCCUUCCAAGGAACAGGUCAAGGCGCAGACCAAGAAGGCCAAGGAUGCCGCUGUUGAUGCGAAGGACAAGGCUGCCGGAGCUGUUGCAACUGGUGCUGAGAAGGCACAAGCCGAGGUCAACAAGCGUACCACCCGAUCCAACGCUUCAUAAAUGUUGUUUGGUUGCAUGCAGUAGUGAGAUCGAUGCGAGUAUAUGAAAGAACGCGGGUAGCAGACGGUACAGUGACAAACCAAAAUUUCCCAGUAUGUCUUUGUUUGUUUUAUCUGGACAGGCUUUCAGCGCUUUGAUAGUUUGAAUCUGGGACAGCCAUAUAUUGAUUU